AUGUGGUUUGUUGCGUUACUGAGCCUCGCCCUCCCGGCGGUGGCAGAGCUUCUCCGUCCCAGUGGUAUAUCCGUGAGCCUAAACGGAACGAACUAUUUCUUAUCGCCAUCGCUGCAACAAACGUUACCGAAAAGCCUCAUCCCAGCCACCAUCGCCUCGGAUUCUUUGGUAUUUGUGCCGGUUACUAUUGUUGGCAAUAAAAUUGCUCAAAAGGAUCUGUCCAAAGUCUUCUCAAGCUGGGCGUACAAGGACGACGUGUGGCAACCUGCCUUUGCUGAACUGGUGGUGCUAUUGAAGUCGCCUGGUUGUAAAUCAACAACGACUACCUUCAAUAAUGGCAUCAAGUCAGCUGUUUCUUGCUGGCACAAAGCUCCCGAAAUUCCCUCAGGACCCUACUUCUUGGACCCAUACAGAGGAAGCCUCCAUCAAGUGUAUAGGCUUUACGAUGACUUCUCCGGCAGCUUUCUGGAAUCACUUAUCCAAUCUCCAGACGGGACUUUUCAGACUCUCUCAGCGCAUGCUCCAGGUAGCAGUUCCCUCUCCAUUGGAGUUCCAUCGCGCUUGUACUUUACUCGCACCAAGGAAAAACCGCUAGCAGGUAUUAGAGUAGGAGUCAAAGACCUUUACGACCUCAAAGGUGUAAAAAGCUCUCGCGGCAAUCGUGCUUGGUAUAACCUGUAUCCCGCGGCGAACAAGACGGCACCAGCUAUCCAGAACCUAAUCGACGCCGGAGCCGUCGUUGUCGGGACACAGAAGCUCUCUCAGUUUGCGAAUGGUGAGAAUCCAACAGCAGAUUGGGUCUCGUACCUUGCGCCGUUCAAUCCACGCGGAGAUGGUUACCAAGGCCCCUCGUCAUCCUCGUCGGGAGCGGGGGCGUCUAUAGCGACUUAUCCGUGGCUAGACCUUGCUGUUGGUAGUGACACUGGAGGCUCUAUCCGUGGCCCCGCUGGAGUUUCAGGUGUUUUCGGCAAUAGACCUACUCAUGGUCUUGUCAGUUUGGACAACGUGAUGCCGCUUUCGCCCAAGAUGGACACAGCGGGUUUCCUGACUCGCGAUCCAGAGAUCUGGGCAGCUGCACAGGCCGCUAUGUAUAAGAAGAACUACACGACUUUCUCAAAGGAGAAAGUCAAGUACCCACGGGCAAUCUACACGGCAGGAUUUCCAACCAACGAUACACAGGAGGGCGCAAUACUACACCAAUUUGCCAACGAUCUCGCUGACUUUCUUGCCACCAAUGUUACUGAGUAUAAUAUCAGCCAGCACUGGGCUUCAGCGGGGCCGAAGUCCAUUCAAAACAUUCCCUUGACGGAAUUACUGAACGUAACCUACGCUGCUCUCAUCACCAAGCAACAGAUUGCUUUAGUCAAGGAGCCGUUCUUUGAAGAUUACGCUGCCGCUCAUGAUGGCCGCACGCCCUACGUAGAUCCAGCACCCAGCGCACGAUGGGCAUGGGGUGAAAGCCAGCCCGACGCCAUCCUCAACGACGCCAUUCGUAACAAAACCAUCUUCAUGGACUGGUUCAACCACAAUGUUCUUCCAAAAGACAAAGACUCACAAAGAUGCUCCUCUAGCAUCUUGCUGUACACCCAGGGCCCAGGGAUCUUCAGCCGUCGCGAUGUCUAUCUGGAUCCUCCGAGUGUUCCUUUCGGAUGGUCCUUGAGCAGGAUUUCCAUCUUUAGCGAAGCACCGGAUAGUGUCUAUCCGAUUGGGGAGGUGUCGCAGUUCAGCGAUAUCACCGGUCGCAAUGAGAGCUUGCCUGUCAGUGUUAAUAUCAUGGUGGCGAGAGGGUGCGAUGGGCUUGUGCCGAGGCUGGCUCAGGAUCUUGUGGGGGUUGGGUUAUUGAAGAUUCCAAAGACUGGCGGGAUCAACAUGCUUAACGGUGUCCGGUAG